CACGUCGGGGUAAGUACUUACUUUUUUCUACUUUAACAUUAUAAUGUCAUAUGCACAUUUGUUUUCAAAAGGCAGAUUUGUACAUUGAACUCCUACCACUAAAUAUUUUUUAAGGCACAUGUUUGCUAUUUAGCCAUUAAGAUGGUAUAGGCAGGGUCUUGAGUAGAGAAGGAAACAAGGACCAUAGUAUAUUCCCCAGCAAGCUUGUUCCUGUCCUUUAGCCAGAUCUUGUUCUUCUGAAACAAAACAACAACAGCGAAACCUAGGUAGACAUUUCUAGGAUUCCUGCUCCUGAAAUAGUCAUUCAGAGCAGUUUGGUUGCCUUCUGAAAUGGCUUACUGUAUAACCAUGGGGAGCUCUGAUAGAGCCCUCCAAUUCCAAGGCAAGGGCACACACACGACUAGAAUUGUUGCUCACAAUAUUGGUUACAUUGUUUAAUUUUAAUACAUGCAAACAUGCAUUCAAUCAUCAAGACCUGCUGGGAGAAAGAGAGGUGAUGGUUUAUUAUUCUGGACAGUUCAACAUAUUUGAAACAGUAAAGCACCGAGAGAUUAAGCAACUCGCUCAAGGUCACACAGUGAAAAAGUAUGAUGCUGAGAUUAAAAAAUAAAGUAAAACAUGAGAGUGCUGUUAUUCUUGGUCUUGGGUCUUGGAAAGCCGGACCUUAGCCUGCUGAAGAUCACUGCACUUCUGCUUUAAUCAGUUUAAUUCAUUGCUAGCUUGCCCUUGCUGCCUUUGAUUCUCUUUGCAUUGGCCAAAUGUCAAUCCGCAGUAGUUGUUCCAAAGCUCUUGACAGUUUCAAUUUUUCAGUUCCAGGCUCUAUUCUUUUGCUCAGGGCUAGAAAGGCAGAAGUCAGCUAGCAGCUAGCUGCAUGUCUGAUCCACACUUGCUCAGGGCUGGGGUGUGUGUGUGUGUGUAUAUGCCUGUUAAUCACUGAAGACUCCAGUAUUAGGAAUGUUCAAGAUUUUACAUUGAAAUAAUUAAAUGAAUUCCUCUAUAAAGAAUCCUCUCCCCAUGUAACCAAAAUGUUUGUUCCUCCAUAAUAUCCUGAAAUGAAAAAAAAAAGAACCUUCUCCCCUGCCGGAAGAUUUACUUUUGGGAGAUACUUAUUUCUGCAAUUGAUCGAAUUGGUUUGGAAAUAGGCAGGUGAGGGUCAGCAAGCAUGUGAUUUGCUGGGACAUAGGGUGAUCUUGCUUCCAGAUACUUAGAAGCCAAUGUUGGAACAAGGUCCACCCUUUUCCCCUCCCCAUAGCAAAGACAGCUGAGCUAAAGCUGCCUUUAUUAAGGAGUGACUUUGGGUGCUGCGGUACCAUUUUCCCUUCAAACUGGGCAGACAACUUCUCUGUGGGAGUCAGAACCUGCCACACCUAUCCCAUAGGCUUUGGAAAAUGCGAAGUGGCACUUGCUGCAUCUAACCUCCAAAGAACUUGCCUGCUUGCUGACCAGCUUGGCUUUGGAAAACUUUGCCAUUUUUUGCCUUUCCAAAGGCCUCCACCUGUAGAGGUUUGAAUGCAUGGGUGUAAGAGGCAUUGAGGGUGUGCUGCUGAAAGCUCACAACUGUCCUUAGACCCAAGGAGGGCAGCAGUUCAAGAAGUCCAUUACUCAUCUGUUUCCACUAUCUCAGAAACACUGCCAUUUGAAAUAGAUGCAUGCAAGUUCCUAAAGUUCGGGAAUUAUGGUUGAUCCUGGAAGUCAUUAGCAAAUGUGAUACAGCUCAAUGGUUGGACAGCAUUUGGACUUGGAAUGAAACAAUAAGAGGCUACAUUCAUGGAUAACCAACAAGAUAAGGCUAUUGUUGCCUCAGCCAACGGAGAAAACACUCUGAUUAAUGGGGUCAAAGAAAAUGACUCAGAGGACCAGGAUAUGGCAAUGAAGUCAUUUGCAGCUCUAGAAGCUGCUGCACCAAUCCAGCCUAUACCAGCGACACAAAAAGACACCCUGGCAUAUCCCAGGGGUCUCCUGCCUCUACCCUCUAAGAAGCCCUGUAUGCAGAGCCCUUCCUCUCCUUUGGGCCUGAUUGAAGCACCUGAGCAUGCUGCUAACAGUGCUUCUGUGAAUGCCAUCUCCCUCACGUCUGGUGUUACAAAAGGCCUGAAUACAUGGUCACUGCCCAACGAGUGUGAGAAAGCUCCAUUUGCCAUAAUGGAGCCUGCAGGCAUGUCAGCUCUGAAUGGGGACUGUCUCAUGCAGCCAAGCCGGACUUGCUUGGGCUGCUUCAUGGAAUCCAAGGAUGCAGUAGAUCCUGAGCCAGGGAUCAGUCUGAAAGUUGGUGAUCUAAAUAGGGAUUAUGAAACGUGUGCAGUCUCUGACAUAGGGAUUCAGUGCAUCAAUGCUGGAGAAAACAUGAAAUACGGAGAGCAGCUGCUCUCAGAUCAGCUCCUAGGCUUCCCCCUGCAUAAAUCAAGGGGGGGAGAUAGACGAGAAGCUGAGAAACCUGACAUCGACCUGGAGGAUCCAACUCAGAAAAGUUAUUAUGAGGCAUUACUGUUAGAUAAGUGCAAUACAGAAGAAGCUUUGCUUGCAAAUUCCAGUCAGGAUUGGGGUUACUUUGAAACUUUCAUUAGUGAGAGUAAGAUCGAACUGCUUGACCUCUGUUCCAAGAAUGAGCUAUCUGUCAACCUAUUCUCUGAAGAAGAUGUGGAUAACUACAUGUUCGAUGAUGAUGAGUCAACACUGGGCAGUGAUGUCUGCUCCCUGAAAAUUCGAUAUGAGUCCUUUCAGGACAAUGUUCGUGACAAGACUACCCUUCUGAUGCAGGAGGAUGCCCAAUUCAACUUUUUUCCCAGUGUCUUUACUACCUGCCCCAAGCGAGAGGCUAAGAGUGGAGCCCUGAAACAGAGCAGUGAUCUUUCCCAAUUCAAGGUCCCUGACAUGAGCAUCAUCUGGGGGGAGGAAGAUAAAAUCUUGGACAAGAAGAAAGGCAAAGAAGAAGGACAGGAAGACAAAGGUGUAGAGAAAAAAGAUGGAAAAGAUGAUGGAGAAAAAUCUGCCUUAAAUAAACCAUGCAGUGGGACUGAGGUGGGGCAAUUUAAGAAUCCCAAACAGGGCCAUCUUGCUAAUUCCUUGGAGACAUCAGGGAAUUUCAGUGAUGAAAGUUCCUUCAUUGAGGUCUCAUAUGAUGCCAUGGGUGAGAUCAAAGACUGUAGCCGCUAUAUGGCUCGGGACACUAAUUCCGGCAGCUCCUCCUCCCAGCAGAACUAUGGGCUGCGAGCCAAGAGAAAAGUCAGAUACAGUGAAGAUUAUCUAUAUGAUGUUGACUCAUUAGAGGGUGAAAAAGUAAAUGAGAGGAAAGAAUGGCUACCAGGUGGUUCCAAAGAGGAAGAUGAUGAUGAAUGGUGUCCCAAAAAGAGAAGAAAAGUAACCCGUAAGGAGCCCCCUGUUAUUAUCAAAUAUAUUAUCAUCAAUCGCUUUAAAGGUGAGAAGAACAUGCUGGUGAAGUUGGGUAAGGUGGAUGCCAGUGAGACAACAGUGAAUUUGAGUGAGAAUCAGCUGAACAAAUAUGCCAAGCUGGCACCCUUGAAGGGCUUCUGGCAGAAGAAGAAGAAGCAGAGAAACAACACAGACUCCAUCAAGACACCCUUAUGCCAAAAGCAAAGCUUUGAACCAGGUACCUAUGAGGUGUCAUUCCUGCCACCUGCUCGCAAACGGAAAUCUAAACUUGGCAACAGGCACAGGAUUCAAAGAAUCCCGUCCAUGGAAACUUCCGCAAGUAGUAAGCAGGUUUCAUUCUGCAAUGAUCAGAGGCAAGCUAGUAAUCGUAAAGAAGAUGGAAGCCUAAAAGGUACACUGAAGUCAGUACCUCUUGCUGCCCCCAGCUGUGCAAAUGGAUCACAUUUAACUGAUGUCACAGGUCCUGACUCAGUGAAAGUCAAAGCCCAAGACACAGAGUUUAAGGGGCCAGAGAGGAAAGUGCUCAAUAAAAUCAAAUUUAAAAGUGAAGCCAGGUUAAAAUCCAAGAAAAUUAAAGCUUCUGUGCAAGAAAGCAAGCCAAUUGUUCAAGUGAGCCCUCUCUUGGAAGACCAAUCCUCCAAGGCUAAUUUAAAGAAUGAAGUUAUUCCUGGGACCUCAAACAGUUCCCAUCUGUCUGAAUUUCAUGAGGCAAAGGCUUCUAAGAAUUCCACUUUUCUACCAACCACCUGCUCUUCUGAAAUGCCUCUAUCAUCUGCUAGUGUUGCCACUAAUAUACCUGUUAUCCCUGGAGGGUAUCUGCAGACAUUGUUAGAUGCUUCUGACUUGUCAAAUAAUACUAAUAUCUCAUACUUCACCCACCAUUCUCCAGAGCAAAAUGAAGGCAGCCUCGCUCAAACUGAAAAAUCAUUUGUACCUCUCCAGCCUGCCCAGGACUGUGUGCUCUCCUCAUCCUCUGACUCUGAGCUACAGCAGUCAUCUCAUAACUUCAAAAUGGAAUCAAACAACUAUGGAAAUGUGUGGCCCAACAAGGCUACUUCUGGCCCCCAGGAAUUCAUGGUUGAAGUCUCAAGGGAGAUAACUCCAACCCAAUCCAAUGAAUAUGGAGCCUCCCAAGUAGUCCCUAUGGACAGUAACCUCACAGUUUCAACAUACAGUCCAAUCUGCCUCAACAGUGGUGGCAGUAGUUCCAGCAAGGUCCUGUAUGCUUCUGUGCAAGAUACCCAACUCCCAUCUGAUAACUCUUACCAAUUAUGUCACUUUACUAAUGGAGAGAUCUGCUUUCCUUUUCAGCAAGGCCCAGUCAAUAUGGAUGAUGGUCGGCUCUUUAGCUUUGAGUCAAUGGCCCCACUCUCUGUCAGCUCAAGCAAUUAUUGCUCCUUAAGCUUGAAGCCCUGCGAAAAAGAUGGUGAUGAUGAUAUCACUGAUGACUUCCUGGCCCAUUGCAGCCCCAAGCUGGUGAUUCAGCAGAGCAUUGAUGAGAUAGCACCAUUAAAGGAGUCCACUGACCUCCUGGAUAUCUCUAACUUUACUCCUGACAAAUUCCGCCACUCGUCCCUUUCAGAGAUGUCCCCACCUGACACCCCCAGUCUUUCACCUCAAAUUACCAGAUGUGAGAGUAUCAAGACACUAGGAACACUGAAGGGGUUCCAAGAGGGUGCCCCAGGAUCGUUGGGCAGCAUGGAGAAAAUCAAGUGGGACUGCAGUACCCUUUCACGGCAGGUCCAAGCGGAUGAUGGAUUUACUUUAAAUAACCAUCAGUUUCAGUUCCAUAUGUUCAAUGAUGAGGAUUCUGUCAGCCUGCUCCAAAAAAACCCUUGCCUGUCAACAUUUAAUGAUCCAUCUGGUCAAAUCAGUACCAACAACAAAGUGUCAAAAUCAAGAAAGAAAAGUUCACCCAGCAAGAAUGGGGCUGUGAACCAAAGCUCUUCUCAGAAAAACACCAGGAAAAAAUCCCUCAAAGCCAACAACAAAGGGAUUGAAAAGCCACCUGGCAAACCGUCCCGCCAGGUCUCUAAGUCAGCAAAGAAAGGGAAAUACAUGGCUGCCAUCAAUGGAGAAAAAAUGCAAAUUGGCAUUGGCCGUGGGGGAGGCCAAACUAACAACAUAUCCUCCACUGGGAAGACAUUGGCUGAAUGUAUCCAACAUGGUGGUCCCGUGGCCUCUGGGAAGAUGGCAAAUCAGAAGGGACUUUCUGGAGACUGGGCUUUGGGGAAGGAAAGCAGCCCAGGCUGGAGCGACUUGAGCGUGGGCACCAACUCCAACAGCCUCCUGGAUGAUGACCAACGGGAAUUUCAGGAGCCUUCUUAUAUCUUGUCCAACAUUGCCUCUGGUAUGGCAGAUGUACAGAGAUUCAUGAUGGCCUCCAUAGAGCCCCUUUGGGAACCCAUGGAGCACCAUGGGGACCCCAACAUAUUCUACUCCCCUGAGUCCAAUAGUCUAAAAUUAAAAACCCUCAAAAUAUUGGCUGGGACACCACAGGAGUCUAAGAAAAAGGUCAACAGUGGGUCUCCAGGAGCCACUAAGAAUCACAGGUCAAUCAAAGGUGUGAGCAAAAGCAAUGGGAAAGCAGCAAUAGGUGAUCCUGGUCAUACAAACAUGCCUGGUUAUAACGAGGACUCUCGCUCUGCCUUCUUUGAUAAAAAGUAUAGUAACAUGAGCACUUUAGGCAAUAACGGACCGACACACAAAAAGUUAUAUCGUCACAAAUCCAGCUCCAAGGCCCUGAGAGAUGAGAAGUGUAAGGGAAAGCACAUGGAGCGAGAACAGGUCCACAAGGAUGAGGCUGGGACAGCUUCUUUUGAAAAACUGAGGGAUUCCGACUACAAUCUCCUAAAAGCAGAAACAGCAUUUUGGGUUUUACCUGUGUUUGAAGAAGAGACUCACAUUUUCCAGAAAGACAUUUGAUGUUUGUGUUUUAUUUCUUUCAAAAUAUGCCUUGUGGUAUGUAUGUUGACAUGUAAGUGCUUAAAGAAAAGAAUUUUAAAUUGUGGGAAUAAGUCUUUGGAAGCAAACUUUAAUCUGAUGUUCUUUGUAAAAGACUUAAAAAAGUCAUGCAGUUGCACAAGUAGUUUAUGCACUAUUUACCCACAAGGAAAAAAUGCAAAACAUUGUGCCAAACUACAAACAAGUGACUGUACUGUAUAUAUUUUUACUUCUAUAUCAACAUUUGGUUGUGAGUAUUUGGGGAGCUUGUCCCUGUUAAUUUACUAGAAACAUUCCAGUGAUUCUUGCUAUUAACCACCCCCACUUAUGUGGAUAGCACCUGUAGAUCACAGUGGAAAAAAUGUUGUGUUACACAAUUUACCAAAACUUAAAGGAUACUGUUUGAAAUGUGCCAAAUUUCCUUACCUCAUCUCACAGAUUCACCCCACAGUUUAAAGCUCAUUAAUGAAUUUUAAAUGUAUACAUAUAUGUGUGUGUGUGUAUAUAUGUAUACACACACACACACACACAUACAUACAUACAUACAUACAUUCUUUUAAAGUUUAAAACUCUACUCUCCUGUGUGGAAACAUGAACAGUUAAACAAGGCACAAUUAAGAUUUGUUUGUCCCAUUGUCUAAGGGUUAAAAUGUUGGAAAAGUCUGAAAGUCACAACAGCUAAGUCCAUCGGGGACUCGAGUAUAUGCAUUUAUAGAACCUUUUACAAGGAAACAAAACAGCUGCUUCGAAAGCUUGUUUUCUAAAAAGCAAAAUCUGUAGCUGAAAAUUAUUUAAAGUGCAAAGUUAUAUUGCUGAUACUUUAUAUCUCAGUUUUAUAUAUUUUAUAAUAGUCUGGGAUAAAUUAUAAAAUAGCUAUAAAAUCAACACUAAUGAUAAAUGAAGUACUUUCAUGAAGUAUUUCAUAAAAGUACUUCAUAAAAGCAAAUGAAGAUUGCUUUUAUUUAAGUAGUUUCCUAAAUGUUUUAUUCCAGUUUUGUCAAAAGUGCACUCAUAUCAUGGCUUUAGUGUUCUUUAAAUGUUUAAUCUUGCAAUGCCAAUGUCAUUGAAAGAAAAUGUUAAGGCAUCUCAGUUCAAUCCAAUUUUUCUUUCCAUGAGUUAAGUACAUAUAAUAUCAGAUAAGCUGAACAAUUUGUGGAAACAACUUAUUGGGGCCAUAUAUACUCAGUCUAAGGAUGACUAGUAUUUGAUGCCAAACACUAAACUUAAGUCUCGAUGUUUCAUAUAAAUGUUUAAAAAUCACAUUUUUAUUCAGUCCUCCCUCCAUUUUAAAAAUUUCACAGCUCCAGCAUCCCUCACUACUAGCCUUUUCUUCCCCUUUAUUCACCACUUGACGUCUAACAUUUGAUCUCUUUUCCUUGCACAGUUGAAGGCCCGUGUGUCUGAUGACUGAUGCAUUAUGGCACAGAUGAGAUACUGGAUGUGAAAGCGCUUUGUAGAUCGUAAAGUGCUAUACAGAUAUAGGGGAUUAAUAUUAUUAAUGUUGUUGGUUGUCGUUGUUGUUACUAUUCUUACUAAUAUUGUUACUAACCUAUUAACUUGUGAAUAUAUAGGCUGGGGUGGGAGGGUGGAAAAUAAGUGGGUAGGGGAAAAAGGGGACUUAACAAAAAAGAGAAGAUGUUUCAAAAGGAAAAAUUUAAGCAAAAUCUGAACCUACCUAGUCAUUGCCACCUAAAUAUAUUCACAAACAGAGAAGCAACAUUUGAAAGUAGUCAGAGAGAAAUGGAAGGAAGCCUGUCAUGUAUAAGAGUAUAUACACACUUCCCGGUCCAUGAUUCCUUUCACCAGCCUGCUCUCCUACUUACAGCUAGGUAGUGUAAUGAACAAGCCUGUGUUCUUGAUUCUGUGCGUUCCCAGCAUCAGUCUCUUCUGUCUGUGGAGAUGAGUGUAUGGAGCAUUUUGGGAGGCUGGUUUAGGCCCAUUCCUAGGCUUUGAUACUCUGUGCGUAGUGAGCCCUGGAAAAUUACUUAGUGGAAAGGCACCAAAUGAAACAUGUCUCCUGCCCUACAGCUGCCAUCCAAAAGGGAAAAUAAUGAAACUGGAACACUUUCUUCUAUUUCUCUACUCUAAUAGCAAGCUGUUUGUGUUAAAUGCUAUGAAUGCUAUGGCUGGUUCCUAGGAACUGGUCUUUGUUUUGUUUUGUUUUUGUUUGUUCUGUUUUGCAGCUGAAUUUUGGCUUGGAAUCACUAACUUUGCCUGUGUUGUGAUCCCCAAGACUCCAAACCUCAAAGUCACCUGCUGGCUUACAGGAAUGGAGUGCUUUCUGUGUAACCAAAAGGUGGCAAUUAAAGAAGAAAUAAAGAAAAUGUUCCACGAGUACAACGUGUUUUGAUAAAAAUAAAUACGGGAGCAGUUGUCGC